AUGAAUCCAGCAAAAGAUUCAGUUAUCAGGAGAACAUUAAGGACGAUGUCAGAAAUGAUUUUCGACCGAUUUGUAGAUUCAUCAUCAGAUGAAAAAACAAUCAGCGAAAAAGAGAAAAAGAAAAUUGAUCGCGCUGCAUUAAAAUACAUUGAAGCAUCAAGCUAUGUUGCAAAUACAUUUGAUGAAUCAUUCCAAUAUCUAAUGCAAGUUCAAAUGCAAGCGCAGGCUCAACAAAUUGCUGCAAAUCAAAACCAACACUAA